AAGGAUAAAGCGUAACACUCAUUAAUCAAACCAGAGUCGGAGGCGAGUCUUUCUACUAGUAAGCAAAUCAAACCCACGCGAUGCCCACGCGCUCUUUUCUCUGUCUUCCAUUCCAAGAAACAGCUUGUUCUCAACAAUCACAGCUGUUGUCUGCUCACCAACUCAGCAAACUCUACCUCAUUCCCCCACUCUCUUUUUUAAGCGCCGAUAGCCAAACACUCUCUUCGUUUCUCCAUCCCUUUCCUUUUUUUUUCCUCUCUUCUGAGUUGAGAUCCACUGUUUCCCCCCAAGCUCAGUCCGCGUCAAUCCAGUCAAGAUUCUUCCUCACUUACAUUGUAAAUAUUCUUCGUAUUUCCUUUCGACUUCUCUCUCUCUCUCAAGACUUACUGCUAUUUGUCUAAAUCUUGUUUUGGGGAGCCAAGAUCCGUUAACUCGUGUUUUUGUGACUCGGCUCCGGUUUAAACCGACUUCAAGAUUUGGUAAAAUUGCGAUUUAUUUCGAGAUCCAUGAACUCGUUUUUUAGACUCAGUCCGAGUUCAGAACAAAUCGAGGAUAGUGCUGAGUUGUGGUGACAAUAGAAUAGAGGCAUCCUGUGAGAAUUAGGCUUUUGAAAAAAAUUUGAACUUUAGGGUUAACGAAUGGCUGCUGUGCGAAGGUGGAGCGAGGGCAUGUCCUCAGAUAAUGUUAAGGGUUUGGUUUUAGCGCUUUCUUCCAGUUUAUUUAUUGGGGCAAGUUUCAUUGUUAAGAAAAAAGGUUUGAAGAAAGCCGGUGCUUCUGGUAUCAGGGCAGGAGUUGGAGGGUAUUCUUACUUGCUUGAGCCACUUUGGUGGGCAGGCAUGAUAACAAUGGUUGUGGGGGAAAUUGCUAAUUUUGCAGCCUAUGCAUUUGCACCAGCUAUACUGGUUACUCCACUUGGUGCCCUUAGCAUCAUUAUCAGGCAUGGAAAUAUUUCACUGAGACUCAGGUUUGGCAUUUUAUUGUUGAUUGCUAAUUAUCACUUCUCUUGCAGUGCGGCACUUGCCCAUAUCAUUUUACGGGAAAGGUUACAUACUUUUGGGAUUCUUGGUUGUGUUUUGUGUGUCGUGGGCUCUACAACAAUUGUUUUGCAUGCUCCCCCAGAACGUCAGAUUGAAUCUGUAACAGAAGUUUGGGAUCUUGCUACAGAGCCAGGGUUCCUCUUUUACACAGCUUUGGUAUUAACAGCUGUUUUUAUACUUAUAUUCCACUUUGUUCCACUAUAUGGACAGACGCACAUUAUGGUUUAUAUUGGAGUAUGCUCUCUCGUGGGUUCCAUAUCGGUCAUGAGUGUUAAAGCACUUGGUAUAGCCUUGAAGUUAACCUUUUCAGGAAUGAAUCAGCUUGUAUAUCCACAAACAUGGGCAUUUACUUUAGUUGUGGUUACUUGUGUGCUUACUCAAAUGAAUUAUUUAAACAAGGCACUUGAUACUUUCAACACAGCUGUUGUUUCUCCCAUAUACUAUGUUAUGUUCACAUCAUUGACCAUUUUGGCUAGUGUAAUCAUGUUUAAGGAUUGGGACAGGCAGAAUCCAACACAGAUCAUAACAGAAAUGUGUGGAUUUGUGACUAUCCUUUCAGGAACUUUUCUUCUGCAUAAAACCAAGGAUAUGGUUGAUGGUCCAAGUUUGACAACAUCUUUGUCUAUGCGAUCAUUAAAGCAUGAAGAAGAGGAUGGCUUUGGUGAAAGCUUCCCUCUUAAGCGGCAAGAUUCAUCGAGAAUACCUUAAUUGAAAUUUGAGUUCAUAGCUACCAU